UUGCACUAUUGGGUUCAUUCGUGUUAGUACAUAUGUAUUACAAUAUACAGUAAAAAUGAAAAGCUUAUUUUUAACGUUGUGUCUUUUACAAAUUUCAUGGUGCACGGUGGACCGUACGUGGUGGAAAUAUACAACAAUGUACGAAGUGUACCUACCUUCCUUCAAGGAUGGCAAUGGAGAUGGAAUGGGAGACUUGAUUGGGCUGCGUACGAAACUUGAUCAUUUUGUGGAGAUUGGCGUCGAAACAAUAUACAUUACUCCUCAUUACCCAUCUCCAAUGGUAGAUGGCGGUUAUGAUAUAACAGACUUUACGGCUGUCCAUCCAGAUAUGGGGACAAUGAAAGAUUUCGAAAUACUGAUCAGAGAAAUGAAUGUUAGAGGGUUAAAGCUUGUGAUAGAUGUAGUAUUGAAUCACUGCAGUGAUCAGCACCACUGGUUUAAUAAAUCGGUACAUCGAGAAGAUCCUUACACUGACUUUUUCUUGUGGCAAGACCCUAAAGGAUAUAACUCUGAUGGAACUGCGGUGCCUCCCAAUAACUGGUGUAGCGUUUUCGGUGGAAGUGUUUGGAAAUGGAAUGAUAAAAGAAAACAAUUUUACCUUCAUCAGUUUACUACAAAACAACCAGAUUUAAAUUUACGCAAUGAAUUUGUAAAAAACGAACUAAAGAAAAUUCUAAAAUUCUGGGUGGAAAAAGGCGUGGCUGGAUUCAGAAUGGAUGCUGUAAAAUUCUUCGUAGAAGAUGAACAAUUGAGAGACGAACCGGUUUCUUCUUCUGAUAUCAAGGUACCAUACUACAACCGCGAUUUAAUACACACUCGUACGCAGAAUCAGCCAGAAUCGUACCAACUGCUCCAUGAAUUGCGCAUUUUUUUGGAAAAGGUUACAAAAAAAUACACUGAUUUUCAAAGAAUUCUUCUCACAGAAGCUUACUACCUCAAGUACUCGGAAAUUGAAUUAUUCUAUCGAUGGUACGGCACAAAAAAGUACCGCAUCUCACAUCAACCUUUAAAUUUUUUUUUAACUAUAGAUAAUAAUAACAAAAAUUCUUCUUAUUAUCACACUGCAAUCAAUACGUAUCUCGGCGGCUUGCCGGAAGAAGCUGUUCCCAAUUGGAAUAUGGAAAAUCAUGAUAUGGGAAUGAAAGGUUAUAAAUUUGGCGAAGAAUACGCGUUUAUGUGCACUUCGAUGGUGAUGAUGUUACCUGGAAUGGCUUAUCUUUACAUGGGCCAGGAACUUGCCGUUACUGGUUCAAACGUAAGACCAGACCAACUGACCUCUAAUAUAAUAAUAGGUAUUACUGGACUAAACCGAGAUUUCUUCAGACAUCCUAUGCCUUGGGAUGAUUCACUGAAUGGAGGUUUCUCUACCAAUAACAAAGUAUUCUUACCAUUGAAUCCAAAUUUUUGGAGAGUUAAUGUGAAACGCCAAAAAGAAGAUCCUAACAGUUAUUAUCAAAUGUUCAAAAUGUUAAUGAAUUUAAGAAAAACCAAUACGUUGAAAUAUGGAGAUUUUAAAUCGUACGUUAUUUCUACUUGGGUAUUUGCAUUCACAAGAACAUAUAAAAAACGUGAUCAAUACGUUGUAAUACUCAAUUUGGGAAGCGAAACGGAAUUUGUGGACCUCUACAAUAACGUAGUCGAUUUAUCGAUACCGGAAUCCAUGACUGUUAAAAUGGCAAGUCCAAAUUCUGGUUACAAAAUUGGGGACCAGGUACCAACAAAGCAAACAAUUCCAAAAAUAUUAAUUCUGAGACCUUCAGCGGUUUUGGUGCUCGGUACAAAAUAAUAAAGAAGUAUGCACAUCGCAUUAAAUGAGAGUCGUUAAUUAAUUUGUUAUCUUCAAAUGUCAGAAAAUAAAUCAAUAAAUCAUAAUUUAUCAAA